CCGCAAGCCGUCGUAUCCAGCAGACUCUACUUCAACCCUCUUGACCGUCUCCACCACGUAGAUGCAGACCUUUGUCCCCAAGGCUCGUCGUGUACGUCAAUUCUCAAAGUGUGCAUGACCUGUGCUCUCUCGUUGAUGCCAUCCCGACAUAGCCGCGCUUCGACUUCAAGCUCAAGAUAUACGACCUGAACAACGUUCCCCUCGUUUCCGGUACAUGCUUCGUCAAAUGGCACCUCCCUUCGUCGAGCACUGCUGAACAUCGCGGCCGCACGUCAAAAUGCAACAUCAAGGAUCACAAGGUUGUCUUUGGUUACGACAAACAGACUGAUGUGCGCCUCGUCAUUGGCAAGGACCAGAUGUUGCAAGAGUUAUGGAUCCAUCUCGAAAUCAUCCAAGAAUAUUCGAGCGCUGGCAAAGGGGAGCGCAUUACUUUGGGAAAUAUCAAGCUCAACCUGGCCGAAUAUGUCGAUACCAAUGAUCAUGUGCAUGAUUCGGACGAGGGCGUUACCAGACGUCACCUGAUGCAGGACAGCAAAAUCAACAGUACUUUGAAGGUGUCUCUUCAUCUCAGGCAUCUCGAAGGUGAUCGGAAUUACUAUGCUCCUCCGUUACGUACUGCUCCAGUUUUUGGUGGUAUUGCCGGUAUCAUGUCUCAGGAAGUCGCUGAAGCAACAGAAGAAGGCAGCAACAUGCCUUCAUUGUCAAACAAAAGUCGCGAGAACGGCGAGCUACAAGACAUGUACCGUCGGACGCUAGCUGCAUCUUGGGUCGCCCAACCAGGGGAACUGAGAGCCGACGAUUGUAUCAAAGACAUAUUUGCCGGAGGCGAUGGUUGGGGCUCGCAUCUCGACCAUGUUCAACACGGUUCUCGUCCCAACCCUGGCAGUGAUGAAGACAAGUCUCGCUCGGCCAAUUUAACACCGACAGACAACUUCACCAGAUCGCCACGCUCGAAAAGUCCUCUCGCUGGCCAUCAGCGCAAUGUGAGCAAAGAGAGUGCGCAUUCUGACAGGCGUAAAGGUUUUGAUGGCUGGUCCAAAGAUACCUCUUCUAACACGGGUGCCAAUCUGGGAAAGCAAGGUGCCUUUGGAGGUCGAAGUAGUCUGCAUCAACAAGCCAUGAAGUUCGAGAUGGAGUCUGCCAAACGCAAAACUAAACCUGGUCAGAACGAGGUCGACGAGUUCGACAACCCAUGGCGCGAGGACAUGCGAUCAUGGAAGAUUGGGAGGUCAACCAUGAUAUGAACGGUAUCGGCCGGAAAUCAUAAGAUGAGGUUUCCUGGUAUCAAUUGUAUGAGUAACGUUGAUGAGCAUAUCUAGUAAAGUAAUGUGUAUUGAAGCCACUUCAAAUUUGUUGGCAUGGUUACCUAUCA